UGGUAGGCUGAGCCGUGGGAUCUCCUCAAUGCUUCAACCGCGGUCAGCAUAUCAAACAAGAAUCCGUUGUCAGGACGCCGAACAUCACGUGACCGUCAGGUGACCGUGUUUGGCUACUUCCGGUUAUAGGCUUUCGAUUUGUUUCAAUGUUUUAUUUGAUUUAAAACAGUAACUUGAAGCUUUUUCGUGCACACACGCGCGGUUCUCGAGGUCGUUGUUUUGUUUGUUUACCUGAAAUGGGAAAUGGGAAGUUACCGGUUUACUUCCUGUUGUCAAUGCUGUUGAUCGGCACCGGCGGGACAACGAAAUACGAACCCAACUGGAAAUCGAUCGACUCUCGACCGCUGCCGGAGUGGUACGAUCAGGCCAAGUUCGGCAUCUUCAUCCACUGGGGGGUCUUCUCGGUCCCGAGCUUCGGCAGCGAGUGGUUCUGGUGGUACUGGCAGAAGCAGAAAGCCAAGCCGUACGUGGACUUCAUGAAGAAGAACUAUCCUCCGGACUUCAAGUAUCAAGACUUUGCGCCGCAGUUCACCGCCGAGUUCUUUGACGCCAAAGAGUGGACGGACAUCUUCGCCUCAUCGGGGGCCAAGUACAUCGUCCUGACCACAAAACACCACGAAGGUUUCACGCUCUGGGGCUCAAAGAACUCCUGGAACUGGAACGCAGUGGACGUCGGACCGAAAAGGGAUCUGGUGGAGGAGGUGGCGAGUGCCCUCCGUGCCAACAGCGACCUGCGAUUAGGGCUGUACCACUCUCUCUUCGAGUGGUUCAAUCCGCUCUUCGAACUGGACGCCGCCAACGACUUCACCACAAACUACUUCCCGACCGCUAAAACUCUGCCCGAGCUUCACGAGCUCGUCGUCAAGUACAAACCGGAGGUGCUGUGGUCCGACGGGGACGGAGACGCACCCGACGAGUACUGGAACAGCACGGGCUUCUUGGCCUGGCUCUACAACGACAGUCCUGUGCGAGACACGGUGGUGACGAACGACCGCUGGGGCUUCGGCUCCAUCUGCAAACACGGCGGUUAUUACACCUGCGCCGAUCGCUACCAGCCGGAGCACCUGCUGGACCGCAAGUGGGAGAACUGCAUGACCAUCGACACCAAGUCCUGGGGCUACCGACGCAACGCUCCUCUCAGCGACUACCUCACCGUCCAGCAGCUCGUCGCGACGUUGGUGGAGACAGUGUCCUGCGGGGGAAACCUGCUGAUGAACAUCGGGCCGACGCACGACGGAAGGAUCUCGCCCAUCUUUGAGGAGCGCCUGAGGCAGAUGGGUCAGUGGCUGAAGGUCAACGGGGAGUCCAUCUACAACACGACAGCAUGGCGGGUUCAGCAGGACGCCGUCACUCCCAAAGUCUGGUACACUUUCAAACCACAGGAAAACAGCAUAUUUGCUCUUCUACUGGAGUGGCCCAAUAAUGGAUCUGUGAUUCUGAGCGAACCGGCGGUUACUCAAGGACACACUCAGGUGGUGCUUGUGGGCCACGGCCUUCUGGAGUGGGAGCCGGUGAAGCCCAGCGGGCUGCGAGUUCUCCUCCCCCAGCUGGCCAUCGGCCAGAUGCCUUGCCAGUGGGCCUGGGCGCUGAUGCUGACAGGUGCCACCUGAAGGGAAACCGGAUCAGCUGAACAGGAAGUGACAAAGCUGGAGGCCGAGAGAAGAACACAGCGUUUUAUUGUACAUGUUUAAAUCACUGAACACCCCCCAUCAAAUAUACUGCCGUAUGAAAAUGAUCUUUUAAAAUACUUAACAUUAAUACGUGGACUUGUAUGGACUUUUAGUUAACCCACUUGGUAACUUAGGGACAUAAAGUCAUUUUAUGUUGUAUAUGGAUUAUUCAUAGUGACCUCGGACAUAACAUUGUAAAACUUGUUUAAUUCACAAUUAUGUUGCACUUUUAGAUUUUUUUAAUCAAACCUACACAUUUGUAUGUAUAUUUCAAUGCAGUCUGCUGCAUUGACCAGUGUUGUGAAUAUUUUAUAUGUGAGGACAUGUUUAAAUAAAAUAAAUGAAGUCAUGUAAAGUC